AUGGAGGAUUUGGAUGCUUUGCUGGCAGAACUGGAGCAGAGCUCCCUCCAGGCCUCCAAGGACCCUGUGUGGCAGGGACCGAGCUCCUGCCAGGAUCCACCUGCCCCCCGUGUCUCUGAGCCUCCUGCCUCGGCACCCCCAAAGGCUCAGUCUCUGGGAAAGGAUUUGGAGACAGUGUACAGCAGCCCCACCCCGGUCCCACAGCCCCCACCCACGGCAGCCGCCCAGCAGCUGGAUGAGCUCCUGGCCGACCUGGGCCACAUGCAGAGCAAGCUGUCCGGGCAGGGAGCCGGGGUGCCCGCAGAGCCCUCCCUGGACAACAUGCUGGGCAGCCUGACCCGGGACCUGCAGGAGCUGGGCAUCACGGCCGCCCCCGCAGGGGUCUGCGCCGGCUGCCGCAAGCCCAUCGCCGGCAAGGUGCUCACAGCCCUGGGCAAAACCUGGCACCCCGAGCACUUCACCUGUGCCCGCUGUGGGCAGGGGCUGGACAGCCAGCCCUUCUUCGAGCAGGGCGGGCGGGCGUUCUGCGAGGAGGACUAUCACCAAGCCUUCUCCCCCCGCUGCGCCUACUGUGCCGGCACCAUCCGUGAGAAAGUCCUCACGGCCUUGGACCAGACCUGGCACCCCGAGCAUUUCUUCUGUGCCCACUGCGGGAAGGUCUUCGGGGACGAGGGGUUCCUGGAGCGGAACGGGAAGCCCUACUGCCGCCAGGACUUCCUGGCCAUGUUCGCCCCCAAAUGCCAGGGCUGCGAGCGCCCGGUCACGGACAAUUACCUGUCAGCCCUGCAGGGCGUGUGGCACCCCGAGUGCUUCGUGUGCACGGAAUGCCUGAGCGGCUUCUCCGGCGGCUCCUUCUUCGAGCUGGAGGGUCGGCCCUACUGUGAGCUGCACUUCCACCGGCGGCAGGGCACCAUCUGCCAGGGCUGCGGCCGCCCCGUCACCGGGCGCUGCAUCACGGCUGCGGGGCGCAAGUACCACCCCGAGCACUUCGUCUGCACCUACUGCCUGGGCCGGCUGCAGAAAGGCACCUUCCGCGAGUGGGGAGACAAGAUGUACUGCCAGGCCUGCCACGACAAGCUCUUCCUCUGACACCCCUGCCUGGGUGCCCCCAAACUCCUCCUCUGACCCCCAGCCUGGG